CGACUUAACUAACAUUGCUAUAGAGAGAUUGACUGACUACCCACUUAACACAUUUCUGUCACAACUAGUUAUGCCCCCACCCACAGCUCAGUCCAGCUGUUCUUACUCUGUUCUCUCCACACCACGCUGGUUAGUGUACAUUCUUAGACACUCACUGAUGUCCAGGCUCUCUCCUCCCUUGCACUCUGUCUGCCUUUUCUCACCUGGACAUCUUUUCUAGUCUUUUGGAGGACCGUGGGGGAGGGAGAAGCUGGGGAGACUCUUCUGUGCUCUGGCGUCUUGAGGCUCAGGCUUUCUCAGUUGGAAACUCGGUUGCUUUGCUCCCAGUGCUCUGCUGAGUGCUCUCUUCCUUGGAACAAGAAUGCAGAAUGUCUGGCUUUUAAGAGGGGGAGGGAUCUGUGGGGAGAAAAGGGAGGGGAGUUACCGGAAUUUGAGGCAAGGUGGAUAGAGUAUAACUUAAUAUUUCAAAGCAUCAUUCAUAUUUAUAUUAUUAUUAAACAAAGAAGCAGCACACAAUAAUGAACAAUUGAUCUUAGAUACAUAUACAGGCAGUUGGUGAGGCUUGAAGUAGUGGGAAAAAUCUUAAAGGAGAGUUGGAAUUGGUUUCCUCACCUUUGAGUGAAGAGGGCAUGGGCGAAGGUGACCGGAAGCAGAUGUGAGCGCUGACCUGGUGGUCAUUCUUUGAGGAAAUGCUCCAGAUAAAGGCUGAAACUAGUGCAUUGAGGUAUAGCAGAAAUGGAUGUUGGAUGGCCAGGGUAGACCAGAUGGCAAACAACUUCAAAAGCAAGACAGAAGGGUGUGCUCUGAUGUAGCUGGCAAUAGUCAUUGAAAGCUUUUUUAGCUAGAGUGUAAGUUGAUGAAAAUACUUGGGAAAGAUUUGUUUCCACUGAACUCAACAAUCACUGAGCCUUUGUCAUUCACAAGGCACUGUGCCAGGCAGUAAGGAUAUAAAGACAAAUUUGGUAGCUGUCCUCAAAAUCAGGGGAAGAUAAGUGGAGAUGAGCUACCAGCAAUCUAGUCUUUUCUGUCACCAUCAAUAUUCCCAAUUACCCCUACUGCACCUAAGUCAUACCAUUUAUCAUAUGGUUCUUUAACCAAUCUUUGACUUGCCUCUCUCUCCGCUGGACCCAAAAGAUCUUGAACUCCUUGAGGGUAGGAACUGUAUUUUACUGUGACCUUAGCACUUGCCACUGGACCUUGCCCUUUGUAGAUACUCAAUGAAUGUAGAAUAUGUGACUGCUUAGAUAUUUGAAUAAAUAAAGUGAUAAGAGGAUACAGCAUCAGUGAGGAUUAGAGAAAAAGGGAUAUCUAUGAGAUAGAUUUUAAAGGAAGAUAUAUACAGGAUUUCAUAGCCAAGUUGAUUGGGAAGAUGCAAUAGAACGAGUCCAAGAUGACUCCCAAGGUGUGGCUAGAGAGUGGUGUUGCUGGGUGUGACGGAGAGGUGGGAGGUGACCAGGUCUGGUGAGAAGUGCAUUCCAUUUAGAACUCUGCAUUGUUCUGAGUUUCCUGGGAGUGCUUGAACUCCUGCAAGGCAAGCUUAGUGUUUCCUGGGAACAUCUUUGAUGAGCAGCUAUCUUCCUAGUGGCAGGCUAAUUUCAGAUACCUGGUGUGUAAAAGGAAGCUGGAGAGUAAGAAGGAAGCCCUGCUGAUCCUUUCCAAGGAGCUAGACACGUGCCAGCAGGAACGGGACCAGUACAAACUCAUGGCCAAUCAGCUUCGAGAGCGUCACCAGUCCCUGAAGAAGAAGUACCGCGAGCUCAUCGAUGGAGAUCCAUCACUUCCCCCUGAAAAGAGGAAACAGGCUAAUCUUGCACAACUAUUGAGAGAUUCUCAGGACCGAAAUAAACAUCUGGGAGAAGAAAUUAAAGAACUUCAGCAAAGGCUUGGAGAAGUCCAGGGCGACAAUAAGCUGUUGAGGAUGACAAUUGCCAAACAGAGGCUGGGAGACGAAGAAAUCGGCGUGCGGCACUUUGCGGCCCAUGAGCGUGAGGAUUUGGUUCUGCAGCUGGAGAGAGCAAAGGAACAGAUUGAGUCUCUGGAGCAUGACCUGCAGGCCUCUGUGGAUGAGCUUCAGGAUGUUAAAGAAGAGCGGUCUUCCUACCAGGACAAGGUCGAGAGGCUCAACCAGGAGCUGAACCACAUCCUUAGCGGCCACGAGAACCGUAUCAUUGAUGUGGAUGCCUUGUGUAUGGAGAACAGGUACCUUCAGGAGAGAUUAAAGCAACUUCAUGAAGAGGUCAACCUCUUAAAAUCUAACAUUGCCAAAUACAAGAACGCUCUUGAGAGACGGAAAAACUCAAAAGGCCAGAGCAAAUCCAGCAGCAGUGCUCUGACUGGGGUCCUGUCUGCAAAGCAAGUUCAGGAUCUGUUAUCUGAGGAUCACGGGUGCAGUCUCCCAGCUACUCCACAGUCCAUUUCUGAUCUGAAAUCUCUGGCAACAGCCCUGUUGGAGACGAUCCAUGAGAAAAACAUGGUCAUCCAGCACCAGAGGCAGACCAACAAAAUCCUAGGGAAUCGGGUGGCUGAACUGGAGAAAAAAUUAAGAACUCUGGAAGUUUCUGGUUUGUGGAGUCUCCCAGGCACUAAGCAGAGAGUUCAGAGUCCACUGGAGAGGCAGCCGAGCAUGAUCAGCACAGAUAGGCCUGAGAUGGAGUCCUGGCCCUAUGAAUUCCUUCUUCAGUACCUAAGGCCACAGAGGCUGAACUCAGGUGUUCAGAUCUUCAUUUCAGUGCUCCAUCUGCACAGGGAAAGUAUAGUUCAGGAAAGAGACACAGAAGGGGGCAAAGACACCAUACUGUUCAGUGACCCCGCUCUUCCCACUAUGCAGAGGUCAAGAUCCCCACUGCUCAAGUUCGUGGAGCAGCCCGCUGAAAACAAAGCAAGUCCCAAGGAUGGGGAGGCUCAGAAGCAAGAUGAAAGUUGUGCUGCUCCCGAGGCGUUGGCAGUGCGGGAGGAUGCCGGGAGGCUUGCUGUCAGCUCCCCAGCAAGUCAGGGCCACAGGAACCAAAGCAAGCACUUUCAUCCCUCAUUACUCCAAGUACCUUCUGAGGAAGAAGAGGUAAACAGGCUUGGGAGGGAGACCGUGAAACUGACAGAGGAGCAGGCAGCUGCAGGCCCAGAAGGGCUCAGGAGAGAGAGUCCCGUGGAGGGUCAGAGGGAGGAGAUGGGGCCUUCCCCCCCAGGCCUGACCGCCGAUGGGCCGUGCCCCAGACCUUGCCCGGACUCCUCUGAGUCCAGGCAGCCAGAAGCCAAAGUUUCCACCCUGACGGAUGAUAAGGACACUGCAGAGGGUGGAGGAGGCAUAAGGAGCACUGUGAAAACAUGAAGGGGAAGAGAGAUCGGGCACGAUGCCAUGUCGAAGGUACUCCAGACAUAAAGAAUUACGCAUCAGAACAGCUCAGCGAAGAAGUCACUUUCUCCUAAAACACCUCCAGCCUGCAAUGAGAAGGGACACGGAUCCGGUUGCAAACUGUGAAUCUUCUGAUGAGGCCAGCAGAGUUUGAUUUACCAAACACGGGUCCUCAAGCUUUCCCGAGCCUCUUUCUGUGGAAGCCACACUGCUGUAAACGUGGCCAGGCACGGGCUCAUGUCGGCCAGAUGGCUGGUUUUCAGCGUCGGUCUUUUCUGUCAGCAUUUGUUUUAGUUAGAGAUGUUUUUCUAUUAGCAUUUAAAGUUGUUGGUCAAAAUUAUGGAAAGGGUUUGAAAGGGGUGGGGUUUUUCAUCAGGUGCCCGUCGUUGGCAUGAUUCAGUGCCUGCAGAGUAAGGUGUAAUUGAGCAUAGUGGGUCCAGAGGGCCCACGGCUCCUCUCCAUCACGUCAGGGCCUGGUGGGACCUCCCAGGGUGGAUGUUCUUGGCAUCCUGCCUACAGCCUGUCUGUCCUGGCACCAAAUGGCAGGUGGAAAGGGGCUUAAGUGGGCUCAGAAGGUUAGGCUUCCAGUUUGAAAUCCACAACGCCCGUUGAGACCUGUCUGCUGACUACUAGAGCUGAACUUUCCAGCCUGGAAUUCUAGAGGAUUAAUCGACCUUGAGUAAUGGCAGGUUGUAGACAAGCAGAGAGGAAGGGGACUCCAAUGGUGUUUUAUUUAUUUUUUUUUUUUCUGGGAGCCAAAACCUGGGAGUGCUGGUUCUCUGCUUUCAACCCCGGGCCGCAUUUAGGGUUUUAUGGUCCUGUGGGUUGUGGCAGUGUAGCUGCUUUGGGACCAAUCCAGGUUUCCCCACCACCUGGGAUCUCUAGCCAUUGCUCCUCCAACAGAAUGCUGCAGCCACCCUCUCUGUGGCCAGGUACUGAGGUUUUAAAGGCAAGGCAGAGCUUGUGGCCCUAGCGUGGAAAGAGAGGGGAAAACAAAGUAACUUUAUUACAGCCUGGGGAGGCAGAGUGUGGAAGCAAAUUCAAGCUCUAAAAGCAGGAAAGUAGACAGUGGUCACCCCCACCUGCGGCUUCCCUUAGGAACAAAAUCAGCUUUUCCAGGCAGCACCUGGUGCUGCAGGGUGUUGAGGGCUCAUGAAAUGAGACCUUUCCUUGUGCCGAAUGCGGUUUAUUUCCCAGGAAUACCUAAAACCAGAUCCCAAAGCUCAAAAUGUCCCUGAGAACCGGAAUCACUCCUUUGAGAGAGACUCCUGAAGAGAAAAGAGAAGUUCCCAAGGUAGGAAAGGUAGAAAAGUCAUCAAUUCAUCCUAGAAAUCAGAUAUAUUUAGACCAGGCUUGUGAUCCCAGGUGGGAAUCCCACAUGCACAUGGGUGGCCAGCAGCUCCUCCCCCAACACCUCCCUUCCACAUCUUACCUCCUGGCAUCACUCGGCCAGCAGGGUGGGAUCCAUCACACUUGGCACUGUCUCAGUCUGACGGAGGGCAGGGUGCAGAGUAGAGGUUCUGUCCUUUCCCAGAUGCACUGGGAAGACCUCCAGCUGCCUUUCCCCCACUCACCUGAGGUCACCCCCACGAGCAGGAUGCGGGCACACCUGAGUCAGUGCACUGUGGCUCCUAGUGAGCUGGACUCAUCUACCCCUGCCCCCUGGGCCCCAAGGCCCCAUUCACUCAUUCUUCUGUGCUCCAGCCUCUCCCCCUGCCCACACCUAUUCUCCCACCUUCCGCUCCAGAGGCCACUUCUGCAGCUGCAAAGCUUCCUGCUCAGGCCAGCAGCCACAGCAAUUGUUUUCCUGUUGCACCAGGCCUAAACUCCCUGCAGAUGUUUAGCCCUACUGCAUAGGACGCCAGAGCCACCACAGGAAAACAUGGCCAGAUUUAAUACAGGGAUAAUAAAAAGAAAAAUCUCUCCCCACAAUAGCCUUGGUCUUGACACACAGUUGGCCAGGUGCAUGUCUUUAGGGCCUCCAUCACCUGCUGAAAACCAGGACUUAUAAUAAACUCCAACACAUUCCAUCAUGGAUAAAAAAAUUGCUGCGAGUCCCAGUGUGUGAGGUUCAGGGCAGAGGGUCAUAGGAAAUGCUAACCUAAAUUCUGUAUGUCCAAUCAGCUUGGGGUUGGGGGUCUUGUGUUAUUAGAUGAAAUUGUAGCCAAUGAGUUGAUCCUGUCAUAUUUGUAAUCCGAACAUUGCCCUGUACCCAUGUGAUACUGUCCCUCCUUUGCUAUUCCAAUCCAACAUGGUUCCAAAGACAUUAAAGAGUUUCAGCAAUUACUUAA